AUGGAUCCUGAAAAAGCAAAAGUACUAGUUGUGGGUUGCGGGGGCCUUGGAAAUGAAGUUAUAAAAAAUUUAAUUUAUGAAAAUAUAAAGAACAUAGCAAUUGUAGAUUACGACACAGUUGAAAUGAGUAAUUUAAAUAGACAAUUUUUUUUUUCAGUUUAUGAUAUUGGAAGAAAUAAAGCAAGUGUGAUCCAAGAAAAAAUAAAAGAAAAGUAUAGCAAUGUUUCCAUUACAAGUUUUGUGCAACAUAUCGAAUAUUUUGAAACCUCCUUUUUUGAAAACUUCGAUUUUGUUAUGGGCUGCCUUGAUAAUAUAAGCAGUAGAAUUUACCUGAACAACUUGAUUUUCACAUUGAAAAAAAAAGUUAUAUACAUAGAUGGGGGUGUUGAAGGGUUUCAUGGUAGCAUAAAAAUAGUAAACCGUGAUAAAAAUUUCGCUUGUUUUCAAUGCACCAUCGCGAAUUAUGCCAUGGGGAUGCAUACCGAGAGAGGUAGACACAACAGUGAGACAAUCCCUCUAUGUACCAUUUCUGGAAAACCCCAAAAUUUUACAGAUUGUGUUUUUUAUGCUAUGCACAUUUCCUUCGAACGAAAGAGAAAAGAAAAAUUCAAUCUUAACGAUGAGAAUCAUAUAAGAUGGAUAUAUGAAGAAGCAAAAGAAAGAGCUAGCCAAUUUCAUAUCGAAAAUGAGUCGUACACCUUAACGAAACAGGUUAUUCAAAAUUCAAUUCCAACCACAGUCAGCACAUUAAUGAUAAUAGCUUCACUGAUGACAAAUGAAGUACACAAUAAUGUUACAAAAACGUGUAGAAGACUUACACAUUGUGCAUCUAACGAUUUAAACGAUUAUAGUGAUAUUCUAUAUGCAGGAGAAAACGGGUUCUAUUUUUUUCAUUACAAGGUUUAUAAAAACCCACGAUGCAUCAUAUGUAGCAAAAAACGUAUACAUUUUACAUUUGACAAAAAACGCACAUUAGGUGAUUUCAUUAAAUGUAUAAAAAACAUUUACCAUUUUGAAAGAAUAAACAUAUCUUCUGACACCUCGAUUCUUUUUACUUCAUCCAAAUGCCUUAAGAAAACAAAUUGUGAACAAAAACUGAAUUUAACAUUUCAGCAGUUACUGGACAUGGGGAAAGUAAAGCAACAUGAUUACUUGAAUCUCCAAAUGGAGAAUCAAAAUUUUGUCUUGUUUCUUCAAUUGCAGUGA